UGUUUCAUAAUAUAUUUUAGUUUGUGCUCCAACGAAACGAGAGGUAUAAAACAUUAUUCUAAGCUAUACAACUGAAAGUUGGCUUUUUGGGCAUAUUUUCUGCUGAUGGGGUGUUGUAAAAAGAUUUUUAUGCAUUGUUUAGACGAUAUAAAGUAUAAUAGUGGAGUAAUUGCGUCAUUUGUCUGUAAAAGUGUAGUUGCUGAAAAUUUGUUGGGAGAUAUGACAUCCUUUGAUGUUACUUGGGGUAGUAAACCUGCCACAGGCAAAGCAUUUGUAAGGAAAAGGAAAAAGACAGAAAGUUUGGAUGAUGGUACACCAAAAAAAUCCUUCAAACUUAGUGAUGCUAAAAGUGGAAAACAAGGUUUAGGGAACAAGACAAAAUCGAAUAAAGAUAAAUUUGAAACUGAGAAACAUAUUCCAGGUAAAAUCAAUUUAGUUAGAAAAGAAAUCAAAACGGCGGAAAGUGAGAAUACAAAAGGUGCUAAGAAGUCUUUUGGUAUGAAACCUAGUGGAACUGAGAGCAAGAAAACUUUUAUAGAUUCGAAUUUGAAUGAAAAUGUUUCUCAGACAUUGAUAAAACGCAAACAGAAAAAGGACAAACAGGCAGCAAAAUUGAAUACAGCUGAACCGGAGCAGAUCACUUCAAAGAAAAAUGAAUCACAUUCUCUAUUCAACGUUUUUCACAAAAAUGUUCGUGUGAAAACCAACCCCAGAGGAAAAUCCGUUGUCGAGCAGGUGUUCAGUGAUAGUCAGAAAUUCGGUGAUUUGGAAAUUCACAAAUAUAUUAUGUCAAAUUUGGCUAAAAUUGGAUUCACAACGCUGACUAAUGUCCAAGAGAAAUCUAUACCAGUUGUUCUAAAGGGAGAUAAUGUUUUGAUUCGUUCGCAAACAGGGUCAGGCAAAACUUUGGCCUACGCAGUGCCAAUACUGGAUGCCUUACAAAGCAUCACACCAAGAUUACAGAGAAGUGAUGGGGUGCAAGCAAUAAUCAUUGUGCCGACUAGGGAGCUGGCUAUGCAAACUCAUGAACUUUUUGGAAAAAUCAAUACUUUCCAGUGGAUAGUUGUGGGUCAUCUGUGUGGCGGCGAGAACAGAAACACGGAGAAGAACAGAUUGAGGAAGGGUGUGCAUAUUUUGAUAGCGACGCCUGGUCGGUUGCUAGACCAUAUGCUGCACACAAACGCGUUUAAAACUGACAACGUACGUUGUUUAGUCCUCGAUGAAGCUGACCAACUGCUCGAUAUGGGCUUCAAAAAAGAUAUCAUGAGGAUUGUGCAAGAGAUAGACAGCAAACACACAAGCUACAACCCUAUGAACCUGUUGAAAUCGAGUCACAAAAAGUUCGGUGAAGAAACAGAAAACAUUGAAGAUGAAACAGAAAUUGCAAGCACAGAAACGCAGCCAUUGAGAGACCCGAAAAGUAAAAAACGACAGACGAUUCUCCUAUCUGCUACCCUAACUAAAGGCAUAGCAGAGCUGGCGGAUUUUACGAUGAAAGGACACACUUACAUCGAUGCCUCGGAUGAGUUCACGUCCAAUUUUAGUCACGAUGUUAUGAUCAUUCCAAAUACAGUACAACAGAAAUUUGUGAUAACCCAUGUGAAACAUAGGCUGUUCACAUUGUCCGCCAUGUUGUUGUCUCUGACGAAAAAGUGUUCGAAAAUGUUCGUCUUUAUGGGAACGAGCGCGAUGGUCGAUUUUCACUACGAACUCUUCACGAAUUUCCUGGCGAAAAUGCCCGUAAACAGGGGCAAGAUGAAGAGCGGCGAUGUGUUGGUUUUGGAAGGGAUGGAAGACGAAAGUGAUGACGAAGAAGAAAUAUUGGACGUGGAGUUUUUCAAGUUGCACGGGUCUAUGGAGCAUAGCGCGAGGAAGGAGGUUUUCAAGGGGUUCAGGGAGGUCAAGAAGGGGAUCCUGCUGUGCACAGAUGUGGUUGCUAGAGGCAUAGACGUCCCAACAGCGGACUGCAUCGUUCAGUACAACGGCCCGCUGAAGAUCGAAGAUUAUCUGCACAGAGUCGGCAGAACCGGCAGAGCAGGAAAGUCCGGAUUCUCGUACAUUUUCCUCACGCACGAAGAACAGGAUUUCGUCGCCAUGAUGGAGGAGCACAAAGUCUAUUUAAAGCAAGAAGAUGCAGACUCUCAUCUAACAGAGUUAAGCGUCGUUAUGGAAGAGGAAGACACCCAAAAGGCCGCGAUUGCUUUACAAAAACAUUAUGAAAACGCAAUUUCCAAUAGCAAGGACUUGCAUAAGAUGGCCUGUGUUGCUUAUUGCUCGUGGUCCAGGUUCUACAACACGUUCUCGAGCAAGCUCAGAAAGAUCUUCGACUUCAAACAGGUGAAUCUGGGCCACUACGUGACCAGUUUCGGUCUCAAAGAGACUCCAACGCACGUAGCGAAAAUAGUUCGGGGUCAAGUCGCCAAAACGGAACCGCAGAAACUCAACAGGAAGCUAGCCACGCACGAGGAUGAAGAAAAGAAGCAACGACAACCACAGAAGAAGAAAGUCAAGAGCGUCAGUCUCUCCACGUCAGAAUUUUCCAGCGGGUUGCCUUUCAAGAAGAAAAGGAAGAAAAAACUAGAUAUCUAAAAUAAAUUAGUAGGUUACACUAUAAAUAUACAUAUUUUAUUUAUUAAUUUACAUGGUUUUAAUAAAAACGAUUUUUCGGAAAUUUUA